AUGGAAGAUCUUCAGAGUGAGCAAGAGAGGGUAGCACGACGCCACCAUCGUGAGAAGAGUGAACUUCAGGCCCUUAUCCAAGACAUGAAAAACUCAGUACCCAAGAGCGACAAGAGGAGAAGGAAGCAGAUGCACCUCGAAGUGGCCCGCCUCCAGGCCGAGAUGGAACAGAAACACCAGAAGGAGUUGGAGCAGUUCCAGGAUAAUCUUUCUGACAGCAGCGAUCUCGACUUGGUCACUGAAGAUCUGGCCAAGAUGGAUCUGGAGAACCAACCUCCCUGCAUGUCGAGAAUGCAAAGGUGCGACAGAAGGGCGAUUAUGGAGAGAGAAUGCCAAGAGAUGAUCGCUGAGGAGGAAAUGGAGCACCUGACUAGCUUCCGUCGUGAGGAGGAGGAGAAGGUGGCUGUUAUCCUGUCGGCCAAGCAUUUAGAGAUGAAAAAUAUACCCGCUGAUGGCCACUGCAUGUAUCGUGCUAUCCAAGACCAGCUAAUGUUCUAUGUGUCUGUGGAGAGUCUGAGAAGCCGCACUUCGAAGUACAUGCGUCGUCACAUGGAAGAGUUCCUGCCUUUCUUCAGCAAUCCGGAAUCCGAAGACGGCAAUAACCGAGAAGAUUUCUUAAGGUACUGCGACGAUAUCGUGUGCACCCCUGCAUGGGGAGGCCAGCUGGAGCUGAGGGCGCUGUCUCAUGUCCUGAAGACCCCCAUUGAGGUAAUUCAAGCAGAGUCACCCAUGAUUGUCAUCGGAGAAGAGUACAGCAAGAAGCCGAUCACCCUCGUCUUCCUGCACUACGCUUGCAGCAUUGGGGAGCACUACAAUUCUGUGAAGCCCAUAACUGCGGGCGCCGUCGGGGGCUCCACCCCAAGACUUUUCUAG